GAACGUGGGAAAGCUAAAUGAGCUAUCAUCUUAAAUAAAUGCUUCAAAAGUAUCAGCGGUUUUGCUUAAACCACAGUUUUCAAAAUUGCAGAGGGUUGGAUGACUCAAUUAAAUGAUGAUUCUCUGUUUUGAACUGAAAAUUGUAAUUUUAUUGAAGGUGGUUAAAAAAUGAUGAAGAUUACAAAUGUGAUGAUCCAAAAAUAAGGUACCAUGAGGAGAAGGAGAUAUAUGAAGUUGUACCUUUUAGAUGCUCCGUCAAUAAAGAAAUAAAAGUCUGCUCAAAUAUUCAACAUGGUGGACCAGCCUGCAUGAUUAAUGAUUAUGCUAAAAAUGGGAUUGUCACAGCCAUCAAUUUGCAGCUUAGUGAUGAUGCUGUUGAAGAUACAGAAUUCAUUGAUGUGAAUGCUUAUACAGACAAAUGUUCACUUUUAUCUAGAUGGAGCUGCAUUAUGAUUCACGAGAUGGAUUAAAUCUUGUCAUUGAAUCUGAAAUGGAAAGAUCAUUGGACCACAUUGUAAUGUGGAUGAGUUAUAGUGUUCGGAUGGAGGUGAAUGUUAGUGUGAUAUAAUUCGGUAACCAGUUGGAAGAAAUGUCUACGAGGACAAAAUUUAGAUGAUAACUCAAUUGGAGGUUAACAGAAAAAGGUGCUUUGUUAUAUUGAUAGCACUAUUUUCAAUUUAUGUCAAUUCCAACCUCAUCCAAGCUACUCUUGAAGGGGAUGCACUACAAAUAAUAAAAGAAAUGUUUCACGCAGAAGUAAACUGGACAGGGAAUGAUCCCUGCCAAGGUUGGGAAGGUGUUAAUUGCUCUGAUAACCAUGUUGUUGACUUAGAUCUCUCUGAGAAGAACCUUCGUGGUAAACUGCCUGCAGAAAUUGGGUUACUUUCCAACUUAAAUUCCUUAAUUCUGACAAGCAACCUUAUAGAAGGAAAUAUUCCAAAUGAAAUAGCUAACUUGACAAAUCUUCAUACUUUGAGGCUUGAUAACACCCAUUUGUCAGGGACAAUUCCUUCAGAUAUUCAGCAACUAUCUUCAUUGGAAUACUUGUAUUUGGGCAACUGCUCCUUCUCUGGCCCCAUCCCCACUGAGAUUGGAAAACUUAAUAAUCUCAAAGUCUUGACACUAUGGGGCAAUUUUAUCAACACAACACUUCUUGUUGAGCUGAGCAAAUUGACAAAUCUUGAAAUACUGAAUCUCCAUGAUAGUCACAUGUAUGGUAGCUUGCCUCCAGAGUUUGGCAGUCUUAAAAAGAUGAAAAAUCUGUCACUUCAGGCCAAUCUUAUUACUGGGACUGUUCCUGAUUCAUGGAUUUCCAUGGUUAAUAUUCAACACCUAAAUCUUUUUGAUAAUCGACUAAGUGGACCCAUUCCUACCUGGCUUUCAAGAUUCAGUACGAGAAUAAAUUUGGGUUGUAACUACUUCUUUGGGCCAAGUCCAACAGGCUUUCCUGAGAACACUUUUACAGGAAAUUGUCUGGAUUCUGACCUGGAUGGUCAUGUGAAAUGUUUGGGCUCAUCCAGUUGUGUUUCCUUUUAUUCUCAACCUGAAAAUGCUCAAUCUGGAUACCGUCUCAAACGUCACAAACGAAGCCACACAAAGGUUGCUUUAGUGGCUUCUAUUUCUUGUAUUUUGUUGCUUGUGAUUCUUGUUGUCACAUUUUAUGGAUUGAAGAGGAAAAUCAAGCAGGCAAGAAACUCAGAAUUGCAUAUUGUUGGUACCCAGUCAAGCACAGAUACUUUGGGAAGUGACAAUAUUGAGCCAUGGGAAGUCCCAAAUGGAAUACGAAGAUUUAGUCUAGAUGAGAUUCUGAAAGCCACACAAGGCUUUAAUAAGACCAAUGAAAUUGGUUCUGGAGGAUUUGGUAAAGUCUACAAAGGUUAUCUUGACAAUGGAUGCACGGUGGCCAUGAAAAGGGCAUCCCCUUCCAGUAUUCAAGGAUGCAAGGAGUUUCGGAAUGAAAUGGUUGUUCUUAGUAGAUUACAUCACCGCUGUUUGGUGAAACUUGAAGGGUUCUGUGAGGAAGGGAGGGAGCAGAUUUUGGUGUAUGAGUUCAUGAAAAACGGCAAUUUGAGCAAUUUGAUAGCAAACCAACAAAUACGAGAGAGUUUAAGUUGGCGCAAAAGGAUUGAAAUUGCUGUUGCAAUUGCACAAGGACUUGAUUACUUGCACUCAUUUGUUGAUCCUCCUAUCAUACAUCGAGAUGUCAAACCAAGCAAUAUUUUGCUGGAUGAACAUUUCAAUGCUAAAUUAUCUGACUUUGGUAUCUCCAGGACAACACCAGAUAUAAUCAACACUCACGUUUCAACUGCACCAGCUGGCACUCUUGGGUAUGUAGACCCACAAUAUUUUCUGCGGCGUCACUUGGCUCCAUCCAGUGAUGUAUAUAGCUAUGGAGUAGUUUUACUUGAACUCAUUACAGGGCAAAAGGCCAUUGAUCAUAAUCACUUAGAAGAAACAAAUCUUGUUGAAUGGCAUUUGUUGGAUUACGAACCUGUUUCAUUUGAUCCAUUUGGUAAUCAGGUCAAGAUAAAAUUUCAAGAAGAUAACUUGGAAUCAGUUAUAGACCGCCACAUUUUGCAUGACAAUCUUCUUCAAGAGUGUUUGCCUGUGAUUGAAUUAGCAUUGAAAUGUACUGCAUUUGAUAGUUUCAGCCGUCCAUCCAUGAAGGAUGUUGUACAAAUACUGGAACCUUUGCUGAAGAACCAUUCUACUUGUCACCAAGAAAACAGUCCACCCAUUGUUGAAACGACUGCAAGUGGCCUUACAUCAUCUACCCAAAGCUCUACAAGUCAGGCAACAUUUACAUCAACUAAUAUCACUGGGCAUUGACAUUCAUUAGGAGAUCCUCUAAUAUGUAGCCGUUCUGCUUUCAAUACUCAUCUCUCCUCCUUUCUUCCUACCAUUCAAUAUUUGAUUUGUACAGUGUGUCUAUAUAAAAUUUCGUAAAUCAGUUUUAAAUCAUGGUUACAAAACCCUGAUUCAGUUUCAACUUUGAAGUCAUCAGCUAUAAAAGGCAAUUUAACAAUAUUUUUUAAUCCAUGUUCUUGUAAAUAUAAAAAGGUUUCGUUAAUGGUUAAAUGCAAGCUUGCUGCCA